AUGUCGCUGGUAGAUCAACUCAGGGAGGAAUUGAAAGCCGAAGAGUUGCCCGUCGACGAGCCCGACCUACUGAAUGACGACGUAAUAUUAUGGAACUACCUGAAGGCACGCAACUCAAGCGUCAGUCAGGCAGCCGCGAUGCUGCGCAAGUCAAUAGAAUGGCGACGUGUGGUGCGACCACGGGAGAUUCGCUGCAGCGGAUGCUGUCUGAAGCCCGGAACUCACAGCAUUCGUCAGGUUGGAUUUGAUAAUGCAGGCCGACCGAUCAUCUACUCCUCCUUCACUCAAGCUACCACACAAAGAAACAGCACUGCCGACGCAAUGGCGCAUCUGAUUUACGUCCUUGAAAACGCCAUUCGGACGAUGCCGCCUGGAAUCAGUCAGUGGAUUCUCGUCAUCGAUUGCCAGGGUAAGCGCAAUUACCAGCAUAUUUUAUGCUCCUGCGAAGUUUCGCAGUUGGUGCCGAAACAGAUAAUUACGGUAAUUUUAGGGUCUAAAAUUUGA